AUGUUUGCAGCAACUAGAGCACUAUUCAGUGGACUUGUUGAUAAGCCAAUUAAGCAAUCACAUACAUGGCGUAUGGGACAAAAGAAGAGAAAGAAUAUGAUGAAGGGUGUCGAGUCAUUCCUUCGUCUGCACAACACAUGUUACUCGAGAAACUUGCCAAAGCCAAGACAGUGGACUGAGAAGGACAUUCUGCAACCAAUGUACAAGCAAGAUCAUCUGAGUCUCUUGGAGAAGUAUGGUUAUGGCAACAAGAUGUACAAGACAAUGCAAAAGUACGAGGGCAAAUAA